AUGGACCUGCCAGCUCCUGAUUGGCAUCUACCAAGCCCCUCUUCAACACCGAGGUCGGCUGCCUACGACACUAACUUCCUCCAAACGCCGAAACCAGCGUCCUUCCACUCUACCUUUAUAGACGGCUUCUCAACCCCACAAGUUGGUGGGCACCAUACACCAGCGCAGACCCCUGUCGAUUUUCAGCCAACCUCCGUCUCUCGACCUGGCAGUUCAUAUAGUCAGAAGGGCCCUACGCCAGGCGAUCCCGCGUUCCAUGUCAAUUACUUCUCGCCGCAUCAACAUCUAGGUCUGCCGCCUGUUGAACCAUCUCGGCGGCUGUCAUCCUCACCAGGUCCGGCUCAAAAAAGGAGCUCCAGUGCCGGCUCGCACGGGCCAUUGACCGCCUCAAGCAAACUCAUCACGUCUGCGAUGGAUCCAUCCCAGAUGCACACGCCGCCCCCCACAAGACAUUCUUCCUCUCGCAGACAGCCUGGACAGACGCAAAAUGCGAACCUUACAACGCCUUCCACGAUACUCUCACGGAGAAUUGAUGCCCCUCCCGCACAUAAUGCAACUCCUGGGGAUGGCUUCAAUACACAAACUCCUCUAGGAUUCUCCAGUCUGCAGUUCUCUCCCGAGUUGUAUCAGUUCAGCAAUCCUGGCCCUAUGACAGCGCCAGUGUUUCAUCAGCCUCGGCUGUACUUUGGACAAACCAGCAGUGGAGACAUGAUGAACAUGGACAUGUCGUUCUCUCCUGGGGACCCUUUUGGCCCGAUGACACAAACCGGGGGUGGCAUGCAGAAUUGGCAAGGCUUCAGUACUAUGGCUAAUGUACCGAAUCCGUCACUGCAGCCUAGCAUGAUGGACAGUUCGUUUGGUCAAUCGUCUGGAGCCUGGAUGGCUAGCAGCAUGAGCCUAGCCAACCCGCCAAUCCCAACUCAGCAAAGUCCCCAAGUGUCGACCCCUUCCGGCGUGGAUCCCAGCUUGCUCUUCAGUUUUGCAAACGCGAAUGAGCUUGCGCAGCAUGUCAAUCAGAACACGAUACAAUACAAUGCAUAUCAGGACUCAAGACAAGCUCCUGAGCAACAGACUCGGGAGUUCAAUAGAGGAAAGGGCCCUGCACGCAGUGGAAGUUUGCAACACUCGCGUACCAGCACAGCAUCCUCGUCUGAACCUAUACAAAGCGUGACAAGACCUGGAGUGCAGCGUAGCAAUACCGACAGCCGUAUUUCAAGAUACCGACCUUCGACAGCCGACCCUCAAAACCCUACAGGCUACAAUAUCCCGCGGAGGUCGUCGCCCCUCAAGAGACAAACACAGGCGUCUCUUACUGCCAUACCUGAGACUGCCAAGCCACGUGCACGAACUCGCUUGGUCAUUGAUGAGGACGGCCGUGCUCGUACGGAGGUAGUACACGACGAUGACGAGCCGACACAAAGCAAAGCCAUGCGAAGUUUUUCUUCGGUUCAGCUCGACGAUGACAGUGAUACCGAAUCCGACGGAAGCACUCAUGUGCCAAGCCAGAACAACUCCUUUGCUUUUGAGCCACCAAAGCGGCGGACAUCAAAACAUGCACGAACCGACAGCGACUCUCCUCGCUCAAACUCCUUCAAGAUACCCCGAUCAUCAUCAUCACUCGCACUCAGAGCUGAUUCUUUAGGCGCCGCGCGGACUGAUUUUGCUGACGUCCCUGGCCAAGGCGUUCGUCGAACCCAAACCAAUGUUCCUCGGAGGAAGUCCAGCAUCACCAGCCUAACGGGCUCAUUUGGUGGAGGAGACUCUCGCCGACCGCAGGCCGUAUCGACUGCUAGCCAUGCGGAUGGAGAUGCUCACAGCGCCCUGAGGAGGGUUGUGGAGGGCCGGCAGAGAGUACAAGAAAGAAGUCCCGCCAAGAUACUGGAAGACCACAACCAGCGUUGGGCGCAGGCCUCGGCGGAUCUGAUGAGGGUCGGCACCGGCCAGCAUUUCCCGUUCGAUCCUUUCUCCAGCAACAGCAGCACUUCGCCGACCUCACUCACUGAACAUGAUAUUACCACGCCGUCUACCGAUCGGAGCAGCGUCUCGAAUGAAGGCACACGAUGUCUGUGCAAUUCCACAGAUGGAGACGGUCAGUUGAUGAUCCAGUGCGAGUCGUGCACCAAGUGGCUGCAUGUCCGCUGUGUUGGCCUGAACAGCCAGAAUCUGCCCCCGGUCUACAUCUGCAUCUUCUGCACCGGACGGACGCCUGCUGUACGAGGUGGCCGUGUCCGAGAACCAGUGCGGAAUCUCUCGCAGUAUAUGUCACCGCUUAACCACAAGUCUGGCUACCGCCGGUGA